GGCACGAAUAGUGCGAGUUCGUAUGUGGUCCGGCACUGAGGCAGCAGAUAAGUGUGUUCUGUUCGUGCAAUAGGUAGUAGAGCUACUACACCUACCAGAUAAAACGAAGAUAAUUGCGGGAAGUCCAAAACAUAACGAAUCUCCGAGUGAAGGGUUAGACAUUUGGACGGGUAUCACCGGCGUUGUCGAUGGUCAGAACAUUAUCACACAAAGUUGAGCGUCGGUGUAUGGAAGAGUUUCGAAAUCGGAAGGAAAAGACAAUUUAAAGUUACGAACGCGUUUACGAAACAUAGCAGCGGCUGUGUUAUCAAUGGGAUACUGGAGUGAUCUAUAGGUAAUUUGUGCCAAGAGAUAGCAGACGCGCCAAAGUGGAAAACAACAAUUGUACAUAUACCCAAUAAUAGUGUCUGAUAAAGUCACAUAGUGAAAGUAUACCGGUGCGAUACGACACAUUUGUGAAACGAAUUGUUAGAACGGUGCAAUUAAAAAAGUGGAAACGUGCCGACCAAGUACAUAGGGGUACAAUUGCAGUAGCAUUUGGGGGACUUUACAACUCGAGACCCAGCACAACGCUUACAUAAUCGCAUAAGCAAUGGGGACCUCGUACAAGCUAGGAAUGGACGAACUGUCGGGACGGUCUUCCAACAGCGUUUGGAAGGCGCUGGUCGCUGAGUUCAUUGGCAUCUUUAUCCUGAACUUUUUCGGCUGUGCAGCAUGUACACACGCGGCUGGCGAUAAGACUCUAAUUUCUCUCGCCUUUGGAUUGAGCGUAUUCAUGGUUGUAAUGUCCAUCGGACACAUCAGCGGUGGACACAUCAACCCUGCGGUAACCGCUGGCUUACUAGCGGCUGGUAAGGUCAGUGUGGUUCGAGCAAUCUUCUACGUUAUAGCCCAAUGUGCUGGAGCAGUGGCUGGAACUGCUUCUUUGAAGGCACUUUUACCGGAAGCAUACCAAAAUGGCCUUGGCAAUACGGGCCUGAAGGAACAUGUCCAAGACAUGCAAGGUUUGGGAAUUGAGUUCUUCCUGGGUUUCAUCUUGGUAUUGUGCGUCUUUGGCGUUUGCGACGAGAACAAACCGGAUUCACGUUUUGUGGCACCAUUGGCUAUUGGUAUGACGGUUACCUUGGGUCACCUCGGAGUUGUGGAGUAUACCGGUUCGAGCAUGAACCCCGCUCGCUCCUUUGGAACUGCUUUCAUCGGUGACAAUUGGGCCAAUCAUUGGAUCUACUGGGCAGGUCCGAUUCUGGGUGGCGUUUGCGCUUCUCUUUUGUACUGCCAAGUGUUCAAAGCACCUCAACAUGAGCCCGAAUCCGCUUCAGAACGCUAUCGCGUAGCAGCCGACGAAAAAGAGCUGAAACGCUUGGAUGGAAAACGUGACAUGGCCUAAGGAUAUCGAAGCGGCAGGCAGUAUUCCAUCAACAACUAAGUUAUUAAUGCAGUUGAACAAAUAUUCAUUGAUCGAAUAUUUGCAGAGCAAAUAGUUUUAAGUGUUUUACUAAUAGAUUAGGAACAAGUUUUUUAAGCUUACACAGAUGAAAAGUAUAUCUUGUUAAGAAAAAAUACAAAAGAAAUAUUAUAAGUAAGCCGAAUGUGCCACGAACAAAUAAAUUAUUUGAGAACA